AUGGCUCUCAAGCGCAAGCGAUCAAUGUCCGAGAUGACCUCGUCUACCGCAUCGUCGCCAUUCAGCUCUCCCCUCGGCCAAGACUCCAUCAUGCUCAACUUUGGCCCUCGCCCAUUCGCUGCACCAGCCCAUCUCAACAGUCGCACAAUGAAGCGCUUCCGCGAUUCGCGCCCCUCAGAAAAUGAGAUUCACCAACGAACUCUCAACAUCCUCUUCCAAGCGCAGCAGCAGCAGUCACAAUACCCCGAGUCUGUCUACGACGCAGCUCAAUCGCCAACACCUGUUGUCGAGUACCAGCCGCAGCAACAGCAACAACAGCAGCAGUCCCUUCAUAGCUUCUGGAACAUCAAUUCCAAGCCAACGGCCACAAACACAUUCGAAGUGCAGCAGACAAUGUCCGGCACAAGCUGCGAGGACUGCGGCGCCAACCUUGCUUCUGGCUCUACCGGUGACGGCAUGGACGUUGACUCCUUUGGUCAGACUUCUACAGCCUGUUCUGCCUGUGGAAAGUUUGUCUGCUUCAGCUGCUCCGUAAGCAACCUUGGUGAGCAGAACCGAUGCUUACGCUGCGCAAAGCCUGGCGCUUGGCCCGAGACGAAUGGCUGGUCCCAUUCCAUGUUUUAA